AUGUCGCUCCCAACAUCCCUCCUCCUACUCCUCGCCUCAAUCCUCCCAACUACCGCCGCCUCGCCUAUCACUCCCGAAACCCACAUCCUCCACAAGCGCUCGCCUUCAUCGCACAACAUCGGCAUCGGCUUCGCAAUAGCCAUAUCCGUCCUCACCCUCGCAUCCCUAAUCUUCUACCUCGGCGUCCAGCGCGGCCGAACAGGCUCAUGGUUCUGCUGGCGCACACCCAUCCCCUCCUUACCCGCCUCCCCCACCGAAAAAGCUCAACCCGUCUCCACCGAUACGCUCAAAAGCCGCAUCAGCUCCCCCAUCCAGAUGCUCUCCAGCGCACUCCCCGAACUCUCGCCACUCGAAGCGCAGCCCCCCUUCGCAGAGCUCUCCUCCCCCGCGGAAGAAAAGGAAAAGCCCAAGCCCAAGUUCCUCGAGCUAUCUACCACCGAGAAAGGCGUGUUCGAAAUGGGGCAGGCGUCGCCGAGGAGACCGCCUAGCGUUGCCACCGUAGAGGAGAAGAGUUUCUAUUCGAGUCGCAAGUCGUCGCUUUCGACUGUGUAUGCGAGGAGCGUGGCGUCUGUAAAAACAAGAGGGAAAAGUGUGUACUCUACGCAUGAACGGCCGCCGAAGGUGACUAGCUGGUUUGAUCGACGGAGCUGGUUUUGUAGGGGUGCGAUGGAGGUUGAGGAUGAGGAGAAGAAGAUUAGAGGGUGGGGGGAGGAUGCGGACGUGGAAGACGUGGGGAGCAGCGUGGCAGCUCCACCUGCUGCAGAAGUGAAAGAUGUCGGAGGCACGGUGGCAGCUCCACCUGCUGCGGGCAUAGCUGAACCACUCGAAGCGCAUAAGAGGCAGAGCACUAUGGACUGGUCUGGCAUGGAGUGGUUGACGAAGGUGUAUAAUGGGCGGAAGUCGAGACGGCUGAGUGGGAUGAGGAGCUUCUAUAUCGGCGACGAGAAAUGA